UCCUGGACCAGCCGCGGCCGCCAGCGCCGCCGCAGCCGCAGGGACCGGCGGACGCAGCAAAGGCGUGCGGUGCGGGGCCGGAAGUUCCCUCAGAAAACCCGCACAUCUCCCCAGCCCACCAUGGCAGACGAAAUUGAUUUCACUACUGGAGAUGCAGGGGCUUCCAGCACUUAUCCUAUGCAGUGCUCAGCCCUGCGCAAAAACGGCUUCGUCGUGCUCAAAGGGCGACCAUGCAAAAUCGUGGAGAUGUCAACUUCCAAGACUGGGAAGCAUGGUCAUGCCAAGGUACACCUUGUUGGAAUUGACAUUUUCACUGGCAAAAAAUAUGAAGACAUUUGUCCUUCUACUCACAACAUGGAUGUUCCAAAUAUUAAGAGAAAUGAUUAUCAACUCAUAUGCAUUCAGGAUGGUUACCUUUCCCUGCUGACAGAAACUGGCGAAGUCCGUGAGGAUCUUAAGCUGCCAGAAGGUGAACUGGGCAAAGAAAUAGAAGGGAAAUACAAUGCAGGUGAAGAUGUGCAGGUGUCUGUCAUGUGUGCCAUGAGUGAAGAAUAUGCUGUGGCCAUAAAGCCCUGCAAAUAGACAAGCCCUGCAAAUGGACCAUCAGCAUAAGCAGGUCCAUUGGUCUGGAUCUAGCUGUCCCAAAGCUAUGGCCUUCCUAAGAACCUCAUGUUUGUUGUUAUGUUUUUAUUGUUUUAAAAAAGUGCUGGCUUAGGUUGGCAGGCAGUUAGUAAGUUUAAACAAAUAUACCAAAAUAUAUAAUUUUAUAAGUAUCUGUCCUAUAACACUCCUGUGGUUUUCAUCAUGUGACCAUAAAAAACAAAUAUAACAGCUUCAGUAAAUGUCACUUGUCUCAGCAAAUCACUCCUGAACUUAAAUGGUUAACAAACCAGGGUUUUAAAUCAGCAAUGUAGCAUGUAGGCGAAUGGAAGUCUCAUGCAUUUCAGUUGAAUUGCUUUGUGCUGAUUUCAGACUUAAUAUCUAGAAUUCAUAGGACUGUAAGAUGGUCUGUGUGGCAGAUACACAUCUUGAAACGAAACUCUAGUUAUCAAACUGUCAUUCUCUUGGUGGUCCGAUGUCCCAUGUGUUAUCUUCAUCAUGUUUGUCUGUGCUGGUUGAUGAUGGCAGACCUACAUAGUAGUUUCGGUUGAUGGAGGGAAGGGAACCGCUGCAUACGUCUGAGUUAGUCCACCAAGCAGUGGAGAUUCACAGGGGCAGAGGCAAAGUGGGGGUUCACGCUGUAGAGUUGACUUAAGACCUUUCAACCAGCACACAAAGUGAUGGAGCUCUGGUUGCUUUUGGCUAUGUCCCCAGCCUCUGUCUCAGCACAGGAGUGGCCUUUGCAGAGACGCCCGCUACUUCCAGCCAUAACGCCUGAGUGAUUAUGAUGUUGGUAAUCCAGCCCUCCUGG